GACAACGUCAGCUCGCCACAAGCAGCUUCGGUAGACUUCGGCAGACUUCGGCCAUCCUCGUCAAUCCCCGCCUACCACCAUCACCGACGAGAGCCGAGUUCGUCAGUCUGCAGCAAACCAAACACUUUUUAACGUAGUCUAUGCAUCAAUUGUUAAGUUGUUUUAAAAAGGUGCAAAAAUCAGAAGAAAAAAUUAAUACUGUAGAAGAUAAGUUGGAUGUUAGUGCUAGUAGUGCUAACAGUAGUGCUGGGAUAGGUUCCACAGUAAGCGUUGCGCAAAAGGAGCAAACAUCAGAAGAGAAAAUGAAUACUGUGGAAGAUAAGUUAGAAGUUAGUGCUAGUAGUGCUAGCAGUAGUGCCGGGCUAGGUCCCACACUAAGCGUUGCGCCCCCCUCCCCUGCGCAGUCGAACACAGAUGUAUCAAAAUAUGCAGAGGAACUGAUCAAAGACCCAACAGUCCUCCGCAGUGCGACCAGCGUCAGCAAGAUGUUCAAAGGUGGCUCCAACAACAACGUCACAACCAUUUUUGCCAAAAACCUUAUCGAAUCCGCCACUUCAGACCUACUGAUUGAAAUUGAAUCUUGCUCGUCUAUGUCCAGCGGCAGCUGUGAGUCAGGUAUGGACAUGAUGGAUUCUGUCCUUGACAUAACCGGACUCAUCCACGCCGAGAAAAACCGAAUCAAGGGCGAGUGCUCACGAGAAGACCUCGGUCUCCUCUCGCAGAUCACGAAGUUCAAGCCGAUCUCUCGUGAAACGACGGAGACUCACCAGAGGGAGAGCACACAAGAGCUCGUGCACAGGCGCGACUCCCAGGGUGCAACAACAGAGCAUCUCCACAAAAGUCAGUCGAUAACUACGAUGGCCGAUGUGAGACAAGGGAAGAUCCGGACAGCAUCUGGAAAGACGCUGCGGAUCAGAUGCUCCAAGACGAACGAAAUCCUCCGCCAGAAGAUGAUCUACAACGCCAGACAGGAGUUGGCGCCUCCGAAAAAGAAGAAGUUCAAAACUAUCGCUAAGGCGAUCGCCUGGACCAUGAGAAACAGAUUGGCGUUCAUGAAGGGCGAUGCCCCCAAAACUAAGGAACAGGAGGAAGAGGAGAAGAUACAGAAGCUGGCAAAGAUCUUCACCACAAACGUCAUCAAAGGCGCAGUCAAGAAGUAUGAGUUGGAAGAAAGGCAGGAGGCUAUAAGGAAAGAAAGACGCCGUCGAGCCAACCGGAGAAAAUUCACAACCACCGCAAACUUCUUCGGGGAGUUAGAGGACUUUCCCGACCCUAGGCCGUGGGUUAAGAAGUUUGAUAAGAACCACAACCCGAACAACAAGGCGCUGGCAUACUGGGUCCGAGAGAUCCAAAGGCAGGUGAUGGUGCACGAGUUAGGCCCGCCCCCACCUGGCCUGGACCUAUCCUGCAGCAACCUCUCCCUCAGGCACUCCAAACACUCCGAUCUCAAGAUGGCGUGUCAUGCGGAGACCGAAGAGGAACCAACCAUCUUCAGCGGGCGAAAGAACUCCAGUGUCUACUUCGCAGGCACUCCUCAAGUCCGCGAAGAGGAUAAGCUCAGCAUGGCUGUUGGAGGGGCACCGGAGGCCCUGCACUUCACCUCUCAGUCCAGUGCCGUGUCGCAGAAGAGCACUGUGACCAAAUACGGGAAAGGCAAGAAGAAAGACACGGCUUCUCUGGAGACCAGUCAGGCGGUGAGGAAGACAACACUUGCGUUCACCCCUCCGCCUCCUCCUCCCCCACUGCCAGGCUGUCUCCCAGGAGGCAGUGCGCCAGCACAGGCCGCUCCUGUUGUAUACACGACACAGACGGCAGAGGUGGGACAGCGCGCCACCGUCAGUUCCCGAGAGCAAGAUGGUACCGAGGUGUCCACUGAGACUGCUACAAUGGCAACCAUGAUGGAAGCCCAGUUCGCUGCACCGCCGGCAGCUCCCCCUCUUCCUCCCCCUGACUACUAUCUGUUGGGCGGUGACGAGUCGGACGACGAGAUGCCGAAGGAACAGGCACCACCGCCGGAGGCUGCCAGGCCGUAUGUCCCGCCGAACUACCUGGGUCGGUUUCAGAGCCAGGGCUUCAGGCACGUCGAGUUCAACCCCUCCCCGCGAGGCAGCGCUAGUCCUGUUGGCAGGGACCGCACAAGCCAGGGAGUCCCAGACACGGCCCUUACAACAGCCUUGCGUGAUGUUGGAGAGAGCAGGGACGCAACACAUGGCAUGAUGCAACCUCGAAGGGACAGUCUUGCCUUCCGACUGCAGUCCCAGGCGACGCAGCUGAAGCACUCUACCACUGUGAGGAGGAAGACGUCUACAGGGGAGACGGAAGACACUGCCGAGGCAUCGCACAUGGUCGCCACAGUUCAGGCCGACAGAGUCCCAUCACCGCCGCCCCUGCCGUCCUUUGGCCUGGGUUUAUUAUCUGCACACCCAAUGUCCAUGUCUCCUUUAUCAUCGGUGACGCUGGGCCAAGCAUUGCAUGAUGCAAUGGGAAGAAGGGAUCACGUGAUGCCCGGGCACAUGCAGUCCAGCUCACCUGGAAACGAUAGUUUGUCCUUCCGGCUUCAGUCCCAGGCAACCAACUUGAAACACUCUACCACUGUGAGGAGGAAGACGUCUACAGGGGAGACUGAGGACACGGCAGAAGCAUCGCACAUGGUCGCGACUGUCCAGGCUGAGCGUAUCCCGACUCCACCGCCGAUGCCGGCUUUCGGCCUUGGUGCACAUGCCCAGAUAGCGCCACCGGCUGGACUAGCACUUCCCAGUGCUGCGCCAACUAUGGGUCUGCUGUCACACAGCUCUGCCGCACCUGCCUUGCCCAUGCCACUCUUGUCUCAAGGCCAUGGACAAGGAGGAGGUACCUUCAUGCGAAGUACUACAGCUUCCAACAAAAUGACGCACAAGACUAAGGUCACGAAGGGUGAUGAAACAGUAGAGAAUGUGGCAGAGGCCAGCGAAACCGUGGGUACAAUGGAGGUUGGCCAUAUCCCUGAACCGCCACCACUCCCGACCCGAGAGCAGCUGAGGCGCCCAAGUCUUCCAGGAGCCACACCACACUUCAUGAUGCAUGGGGCAGGAUUCGGACGAGUCCCCUCGCCCCCGGCUUUACCACCUAUGGAGUUACUGUUGUCUGGAAUCUCAGGUGGAUUCGGACAAGUCCCCUUGCCCCCGGCUUUGCCACCUAUGGAGCUACUAAUGGCCGGAAUCUCAGGUGGAUUCGGACGAGUCCCCUCGCCCCCGGCUUUGCCACCUAUGGAGCUACUGAUGGCCGGAAUCUCAGGUGGAUUCGGACGAGUCCCCUCGCCCCCGACUUUGCCACCAAUAGAGCUACUGAUGGCCGGAAUAUCAGAUAUGUCCGGACGGGUUCCCUCUCCUCCUACGCUGCCGCCGAUGGAGUUUCUGAUGUCCGAAAUCAGAUAUACAUCUAGACCCAAUCCUCCUGCUUUACCAACAAUGGAGUUUCUGAUGUCCGGAAUCUCAGGAUCGCCGCGGCCACUUUUGGAUCUGGUGGGAUCCGGUCCCAUGCAGCCUGAGAAGAGGAAAAAGGGCUCGACGCGCCAAGGGCACCAGGGGAAGCUUUCACUAGCCGAUAGUAAAGCAGAAGAUGAAGAACCAAGCACUUCUAAGAAAUCUAGCGGCAGGCUCACCCCCUCUAAGCUAGUCGGCAAGAUCAAAGGUAGCUUCACGAGGGUCAAAAGUUCGAUUAAAUCGAGGAUAUCCGGAGAAGAGAGCGACUCAAGCUUCUACUCGGAUGACGACUGAUUUGUCGACAUAAACAUAUUACCGGCGUGGCAGAAAUCUCCACAUAUAUGUUCGUUGUUCACGUUUGAUGUUUGGAGUAUCAGAAACACAAUAAACAAUGAUGAAAAAGGAAAAUGAAAGAAUCAACUGCACCUCAGGCUAGAAAGACCUUAUUACAACUGCGCAGAGAGGGGACGCAAUUCAAGCGUUUUCUGUAAGAGUCAAAUAACAAUAAGUUGCCAGGUGUCCAUAAAUAUACAUGUACGAUGGCAAUAUUUAGUGUUGUAAAGCUAUGUGCGCAUUGGUCACACAUGCUGUCAAUACGUAUACGUGUUGGUAACGUCACAGUGCGAAUUCCCUAUAUCGGCUUUGAAAGGAAAGUUAAUGUAAACCGUUGUAUGUGGCUGACCAAAAUUAUACUAAUGUUAACGUUUUUGCAACAGCGUCAAUGUCAAUACACAACUUAAAAUGGAUUUUAACGCUUCGUACCUUCCUUGUAAAAUCCUUGAGUCAACUACAUCACGCCUGGCGAUCAUGUGUGUGUAUAUAUACUUGUUUAAAAUGUACAAAUAUAUCAUGUGUGUCUUUGUAAAUUGUAAAAAACAGAAAGAUGUUUCAUCCGGAAUAAAUCUUCACGCCAAUUUG